AUGGACGCAGUCUUGGAUCGCCUAGGCUUAGUGACCCCUGAGCGCGCCCUUCAAUUGGCGAUGAAUGCGGUUAUCGCAGGGAUACAAAACGGGAAUGGCGAUGGCGACAACACUCGCGUUUGCGUGGUCUGCAUCGGGGAAUUCGGCCCGGAUAACAUGGCGCGACUCCCCUGUGACCACAACUUCUGCCAAGGAUGUCUCCGAGAGACGUUCAAGAUGGCCCUCACCGAUGAGCGUCUUAUUCCUGUGCGGUGCUGCCAGCAGAAUAUGCUCGACGCAGAGCCCCGGGUUCAGGCUCUCUUGGGCCCUCAGCUCGUGGCCCAGUACCGGGAUAAGAAGGUCGAGGCGGAAACCCCGAACAGGACGUACUGCCACAAGCCCAAGUGCUCCGCCUUCAUCCCACCCCAGCACAUCGUGAGCGAGAUCGCAACCUGCCCUAGGUGUCGGGCGACGACGUGCUCCUCUUGCAAGGCGGCCACCCACAAGGGCACCGACUGCCCUGUCGACGAGGCGGCCCAGAAGCUGUUGGAUGUGGCAAAGAAGGAAGGCUGGAAGCAGUGUCACGCUUGCAAAACGGUCAUCGAGCUCAAGCAAGGUUGCAACCACAUGACUUGUCGAUGUGGCGCCGAAUUCUGCUACGUCUGUGGCAAGGUCUGGAAGCAAAAAGGCCAGCCAGGCGCAUGCGCAUGCGACCUGUUCCACGAGGCGACCCUCCGCCGCCAGGCCCAGCGGGAGGCAGCGGCCCGCGGAGAGGGGCCUCCUGAACAUGAGCUUCAGAAUGAAGUGCUGGGCGACCUCCUCGACGCCGCAUGGGAUGCCCCGCAGAACGCAGCGAGGCCCCACCGUCAGCCCCAGGAUGCCGGGAUCCCUUGGGGGCUGGGGGAGCUGUGGCGGGACGAGGUUGAUGCGGUGCUUGUGGCACAGCACGAGCGCGAGGAGCGCGCACGAGAGGAGCGCGCACGAGAGACGCGCGAGCGCAUGGCGCGUAUGGUACAGCAGCAGCGCCAGCGUGAGCUGCGUGAGCUGCGUGAGGCACUGGAGUAUCUCGGGACUGAGGAGCGUCUGAUACAGGUGGAGCUCGAGAUUCAGGAGCGUGAUGCACAGCAGCAUCUCGGGAUUCAGGAGCGUGCGGCACGGCUCCAGCACGAGCGCGAGCGCGAGAGGCGUGCACGACUGGCGCGCCAGCAUAGGGCGCAUGUGAUACAGCAGCGGCAGCGUGAGCGGCGAAUGGCAGAGGAGCGGCGCGAGCGUGAGCGGCGAAUGGCAGAGGAGCGGCGCGAGCGUGAGGAGCGUAUGGCACAGGUGUGGCGCCAGCGUGAGGAGCGUAUGGCACAGCAGCGGCGCGAGCGUGAGGAGCGUAUGCGUAUGGCACAGCAGCAGCGCGAGCGUGAGGGGCGUAUGCGUAUGGAACAGCAGCAGCGCGAGCGCGAGCGCGAGCGCACCGGGGGGAACCGACCCUGUUGGCACACCAGGAUGAUGAGGAGGGGCGGCGCAGACACCUGCCAGGAUUGCGGCCGCCACUCGCCGCGAUCUACCAUGGAGUGUCUGGACUGCAACAUCCAGGUCUGCUUCGGGUGCAGGCACAGCCGUCUCCUGCGCGGCCCUCGUCUGAGGUGA